AUGACUAGGAUACAUAAUGAUGAGAAUUUGAAAUCAGAAAAAGGUUCUCUUAAUUAUCUAGUUAAUGGUCCAACGAUAUUGAAUGAUGAAUCAGACCCAUUGACUAAAAGUUCCAUUGUCAAACCUGUCUUAGAGAAGACACAGUUACCAGCGAAAAGUUUCAGUAUUUACCAAGAUCAUAAAACGGAAGAAUUUGAUAAUCAUAUUGACUUACCUAGACUUGUAACAAAUAAUAGAUCUUUUUCUGAAUCGACAGUCUCCGAAAAACUGGGCUUGGGACGACAGUCUCUUCCAAUAGCGGGAAAAGCAUAUGAAUCGAUUGAAAAUCAACAAGCCAUUACCUUAUCUAAUGGGUUACACAAACCAACGUUAUUACAUCCUGUAAAUAAUCCCUCUGAAAUGCAAGCAGCACAGCAUUUAGCGUAUGGAGCUGCUAGCGAGAAAUAUUAUAACGCUAAUGGAUUCGAUCAGACUCGACGCGGUAAUAUGCUUUCGCUUGAUAAUACUGGCCUAUUAGAUAAUAAGCUAAUCAGAAGAGCAACCUCUUUUUCUCCAUUUUUAAUUUAUCCUUCACCUACAGUCUAUCAAUCAAUUGAUCAAUGUCAUGUUGUAGGCUCUCACUUACCGGCCUAUAUUGCGAACAAUACGACAGGUUUACUUAAUGAACAAAAUUUGAGCCAAAGCAAUGCUAUGGUAGGUUUUAUUGAGAACAGUCUGCAACAAACAUCAAAUUCUUCAAAAUAUGGCAUGAAUGGUGAUUUAGAUUGUGACAAUGUAGCUUUUCAAAAUAAUCAAUUGAUGGCAGGUCCCAUAUUUCAACAAUCUUUGAAUAUACCACCACAUUACAGAUAUAGUUCUAAUGUCCAACCAGUGUACUUGACUCCAAUUCAAAGUUGUGGUUAUGCUAAUUCGCCACUUUCAUACCAAAAUGGAAUUUUCACUUCUAAUAACGGCUUAAUACCGGCAGAUAACCAAGUUUGGACCAAAAAGGUGAAGAAAAAAAAUCAAUGUCCAAUCUGUGGUAAAACAGUGACUAGAUCUAGUUCUUUGCUUCCGCACAUGUUUGUACAUACUGGGGACAGGCCGUAUCUCUGCAAGUGGCCUAAAUGUGGGAAAGCCUUUAAUGUCAAAAGCAAUAUGAAUAGACAUUAUAAAUUGCACCUAAAAAAGGAAAAAGAGCAAAGAGAACAGAGUGAUGGAGUAGAAACAGCUGAGACAUUGAGUCCCCUUCAACGAGAGCAAUGA